AGCUACCUCGGAGCCGGCUCCGCUCUCUAGGACGUGUUGGGCUGCCCGGUCGGGGGCGGCUCCCUGCUGCCUCCGAGCCCAGCUGUCCGGCCUUCGGCGUUUGCAGGCAGACCACACUGCCUUCCAGAAACGAUGGGUGUCGCUAGACCCAGCUGGGAUUCUGCCAGGCUCCGGCGCUCAGUCUAAGAGAAGGGCCGUCCUCCAGCCCUGCUCUCCCUGCCUGUCAUGGCCACCCUCGGCUGCUGCCCGCUUGUCUGGGGACACAGGGCACCCAGCCCCAGGCCUGAGAGGUUAAGCCAGGCCUUCUGGCUCCAUUCCACAGGGGCACUCCAGGCUCCAGGCCCCUUUCAGAGCAAGAGCAACUGAUGCCAUGGGAGGAGCCCCUGCCCACCUGUCCACUCGCCUGGCACUGCCUGCUCUGAGGCCCAUGCACUGGGUUCCCCUGGAGGUGCCAACCCUGUGAGUCCCUCCCCUGUCCCCUGACGCUGAGAAGGCCCUGCCCACACCUACCAUGUGUGAGGUGAUGCCCACUAUCAAUGAGGGGGACCCUCUAGGGCCCCCCCACGGCGCCGAUGCUGACGCCAACUUUGAGCAACUGAUGGUGAACAUGCUGGAUGAGCGGGAGAAGUUGCUGGAGUCCCUUCGGGAGAGUCAGGAGACCUUGGCAGCCACGCAGAGCCGGCUCCAGGAUGCCCUACAUGAGCGGGACCAGCUCCAGCGCCACCUUAACUCCGCCCUCCCCCAGGAAUUUGCCACCUUAACCCGGGAGCUGAGCAUGUGUCGGGAGCAGCUUCUAGAGCGGGAGGAAGAGAUAUCAGAACUGAAAGCAGAACGGAAUAACACAAGGCUGCUUCUAGAACAUCUGGAGUGCUUGGUGUCCCGCCACGAACGGUCCCUAAGGAUGACUGUGGUGAAGCGUCAGGCCCAGUCACCUUCGGGAGUCUCCAGUGAGGUGGAGGUGCUGAAGGCCCUUAAGUCACUGUUUGAGCACCACAAGGCCCUGGAUGAGAAGGUGCGAGAGCGGCUCCGAGCAGCCCUAGAGCGAGUCACCAUGUUGGAGGAGCAACUGGCAGGUGCCCACCAGCAGGUGUCUGCCCUGCAGCAAGGGGCAGGGGUGCGGGAUGGAACGACAGAAGAGGAGGGGACUGCAGAGCUGGGACCAAAACGCCUGUGGAAGGAUGAUGCGGGCCGAGUGGAGGAGCUGCAAGAGCUCCUGGAGAAGCAGAACUUUGAGUUGAGCCAGGCUCGGGAACGACUGGUCACCCUGACAGCCACUGUGGCCGAGCUGGAGGAAGACCUAGGCACGGCCCGCCGGGACCUCAUCAAAUCAGAGGAGCUGAGCAGCAAGCAUCAGCGGGACCUCCGGGAGGCUCUGGCCCAGAAGGAGGACAUGGAGGAGCGCAUCACCACCCUGGAGAAGCGCUACCUGGCUGCUCAGCGGGAGGCCACAUCCAUUCAUGACCUCAAUGACAAACUGGAGAAUGAGCUUGCCAACAAGGAGUCCCUUCAUCGCCAGUGUGAGGAGAAGGCCCGACAUCUACAGGAGCUGCUGGAGGUGGCAGAGCAGAAGCUGCAGCAGACGAUGAGGAAGGCAGAGACGUUGCCAGAGGUGGAGGCUGAGCUGGCCCAGAGAAUCGCAGCCCUCACCAAGGCUGAAGAACGGCAUGGCAACAUUGAGGAGCACCUGCGACAGCUGGAGGGGCAGUUGGAGGAGAAGAAUCAGGAGCUGGCAAGGGUGCGCCAGCGGGAGCAGAUGAAUGAGGACCACAACAAGCGACUGUCAGAUACCGUGGACCGGCUGCUGAGCGAGUCCAAUGAGCGCCUGCAGCUCCACCUCAAGGAGCGCAUGGCGGCCCUGGAGGAGAAGAACACGUUGAUCCGGGAGUUGAAGCGCUCCCAGCGGCAGAUUGAAGAGCAGCACCGCCACAAGGGCCGCCUAUCUGAAGAGAUUGAGAAGCUGCGUCAAGAGGUGGACCAGCUGAAGGGCCGAGGGGGGCCGUUUGUGGAUGGCGUCCACUCCAGGUCACACAAGGGCAGUGCAGCGGAUGUGCGGUUCUCCCUGAGCUCAACCCCCCAUGCAGCCCCAGGUCUGCAUCGCCGCUAUUCCUCCCUGAGAGAAGAGUCUGCCAAGGACUGGGAGCCAUCUCCACUGCCUGGGGUGCUGGCCCCCGCGGCCACCCCUGCCUUUGAUAGUGACCCUGAGAUCUCUGACGUGGAUGAGGAUGAGCCAGGGCGUCUGGUGGGCUCCGUGGACCUUGUCUCCCCCAGCGGCCACUCAGAUGCCCAGACCCUGGCCAUGAUGCUGCAGGAGCAGCUGGAUGCCAUCAAUGAGGAGAUCAGGAUGAUUCAGGAAGAAAAGGAGUCCACGGAGCUCCGUGCUGAGGAGAUUGAGACGCGUGUGACCAGCGGCAGCAUGGAGGCUCUAAACCUGACACAUCUGCGCAAGCGUGCUUCCAUCCCCACCUCUCUGACCGCCCUGUCCCUGGCCAGCGCGUCCCCGCCACUCAGCGGCCGCUCCACACCUAAGCUCACCUCCCGCAGUGCUGCUCAGGACCUGGACCGAAUGGGGGUCAUGACCCUGCCCAGUGACUUAAGAAAGCAUAGGAGGAAGCUGCUGUCGCCAGUGUCUCGGGAAGAGAACCGAGAGGAUAAAGCCACCAUAAAAUGUGAGACUUCUCCUCCUUCCUCACCCAGGACGCUGCGGCUAGAGAAGCUUGGCCACCCAGCCCUGAGCCAGGAGGAAGGCAAGAGUGCCUUGGAGGAUCAGGGCAGCAACCCCAGCAGCAGCAACAGCAGCCAGGACUCCUUGCACAAGGGCGCCAAGCGCAAGGGCAUCAAGUCGUCCAUUGGCCGCUUGUUUGGCAAGAAGGAGAAGGGCAGGCUGAUCCAGCUGAGUCGGGAUGGAGCCACGGGCCAUGUUAUGCUAACAGACUCCGAGCUCGGUCUGCAGGAGCUCAUGGUGCCUGCCAAGCUGGGGACCCAGGCAGAGAAGGACCGGCGGCUGAAGAAGAAGCACCAGCUGCUUGAAGAUGCUCGCAGAAAAGGAACGCCCUUUGCCCAAUGGGAUGGCCCUACUGUGGUCUCCUGGUUGGAGCUCUGGGUGGGGAUGCCUGCCUGGUACGUGGCAGCCUGCAGGGCUAACGUCAAGAGUGGUGCCAUCAUGUCCGCCCUGUCGGACACAGAAAUUCAGCGGGAGAUCGGUAUCAGCAAUGCCCUGCAUCGGCUCAAGCUCCGGCUAGCCAUUCAGGAGAUGGUGUCACUGACCAGCCCCUCCGCCCCACCCACCUCCAGGACUUCUUCUGGGAACGUCUGGGUCACUCAUGAAGAGAUGGAAACUCUGGCCACAUCCACUAAAACAGACAGUGAGGAGGGCAGCUGGGCUCAGACCCUGGCCUAUGGGGACAUGAACCAUGAGUGGAUUGGGAACGAAUGGCUGCCUAGCCUGGGGCUUCCCCAGUACCGCAGCUAUUUCAUGGAGUGCCUAGUAGACGCCCGCAUGUUGGAUCACCUCACCAAGAAGGACCUGCGGGUUCACUUGAAGAUGGUAGACAGCUUCCACCGAACCAGUCUUCAGUAUGGCAUCAUGUGUCUGAAGAGGCUGAAUUAUGACCGGAAGGAGCUGGAGAAGAGGCGGGAAGAGAGCCAGCACGAGAUCAAGGAUGUGCUGGUCUGGACCAAUGACCAGGUGGUUCAUUGGGUCCAGUCUAUUGGGCUCCGGGACUACGCAGGAAACCUGCACGAGAGUGGUGUGCAUGGUGCCUUGCUGGCCCUGGACGAGAACUUCGACCACAACACUCUGGCCCUGGUUCUCCAGAUUCCCACGCAGAACACCCAGGCACGCCAAGUGAUGGAGAGAGAGUUCAAUAAUCUGUUGGCCUUGGGCACAGAUCGGAAGCUGGAUGAUGGAGACGACAAGGUGUUCCGCCGGGCGCCCUCCUGGAGGAAGCGCUUCCGGCCGCGGGACCACCACAGCAGCGGCAUGCUCAGCGCCUCCGCGGAGACCCUCCCGGCAGGCUUCCGCGUGUCCACCCUGGGGCCCCUGCAGCCCCCUCCGCCCCCGCCAAAGAAGAUCAUGCCGGAAGCUCACUCCCACUAUCUCUACGGACAUAUGCUCUCCGCCUUCCGGGACUAGCCACGGCCCUCAGGACCAGCGUCCUCCUGGGUUUCACAGGCACCACCAGCCCUGAUCCCUCCUGCUCGUUCCCCUUCCUUCCACGGCUCCUAGUCUCGUCUGUGACUUUCCAGUUGCCCAGGAUCGCAGAAUAUACUCGUCCACCCCCUCAGCACUCUACUACCCCAAAUCCCACCGUGUGUCCUUUGUAAGUCUCUGGUGGAUACAGCUGGGGUCUCCUGGUAUUGUGGAGGCCCCCCCGGGUUGAACAUGCUUGGGAUUCUGGGGAAGGGAGAGAAGGGCAGCUCAGGGUGGGUGUGGCUGCACCCUCCCUCAUCUAGACCUAGCCUGGUCACGAGAACCGGGAUCCUGGGCCAAGAGCUGGGGUGGCCCUUCCAAGGAAAGAUUACUUCAGACUUGUCCUGCUUGGACUGUUUGGCCUUAGAGUCUCUGUCCGGCAGUGCCAUCAUCUGAUGACGAUGACUGGUUUUGGCACCCCCAGCAUCUCCUCUCCCCUGACCCAUCUCUACAACUGCAGCUCCAGCUCCAGGACCUGCUUGGGGUCUGAGAGGGGUUGCAGAAGGCCUCAUUCUCCUUCUGGAUGGUGGGGUUGGGAGGAGGAAGACUAAGUAGAGAUUCCAGGCCCUAGAUGAGGGUGAACGCUAAAUGUGAGUUUGGGGAGAGUCAGAAAUGGACCCCUGAACUAUGGGCCAAGGGUGAGGAUAGGGAAAUUCUCAGCCCUCUGCCCAAUGAGAAGUGUUGGUGGGCCAACCAGAGAGAGAGCUGAUGGCUUCUGGUAGCCUUAAGUCUCAGUGGGCAACCAAGGGGUGGAGCUUCCACUGGGUGGGGUAGGGGAGGUGAUGUGGAUACCGAUCUGAGGUAGAACAGAGGUAACCUUGCCCUCUUGCCUCUGCUCCCGGCAUCCCUUCCCUUUCUCUCCCCCAUGCCACACUUCCUUGGUAUUCCCAGCCCCAUAAGAAUGAACCUGAUGGGUGGAUUGACUAUACAUUGACCUUAACAUCAACUCUGAGAAAAAGGCAGGCUCAGGCUUCCUUUCUCUGACCUCCCAGGAAGAAAAUAGCAUCCUCUCCAGUAAGUCAUGUCCAGGUCCAGAAAAUCCAAUAUCGGUGGAGGCAGUCAUUCUUCUGCUUGUCCCUAAAUCACCUGAUCCUCCUCCAGGCCUCUUUUGGUGUGGAGGGGUUGCCCCCUCCAGAAAUUCCUAAGAUAUGCCCAACUUCCACCUUUUUAAUUGUUUUCCCCAGCAGCAUGGUGGGACUUGGAGCUGAGGGAUACAGGUCCUGGUUUGGUAGGGAUAUUCCCAAUAAAUUCUUCUUCUCACCUACUCCUUCAUUCUACCAAGGUUCCUGAACAUGUUUAGGGCUUGUGUUCAGGGUGGGAUAACGGAACCUUGGGCAUCAUCAAAGUGAGAUGGAAGGAAAAGUGUCUGCAGCGUGUUUCUUGGAGAGGGCCAGUGUGGUGCCAUCCUUCAGGUGGCUAGAGCAGCUGCUUUGCAACCUGAUUGACUCAGGUUCUGAGCAGGAGCUAAACUAAUAGGUGGAAUCAUGGGCCUGAGCACCCUGUCCAGAAGGAGUGAUAGAGCCUGGGGCAGUGCCAGGGCUUCAAACCUUAUGCUGCUUUUCUAUAGAGGAGAGGCUCUCCAGUGAUAUGGCAGGGUGGGCUUUCCUUGAGCUCGGGCAAGGCAGCCACCUGCCCUUGCUCUCCCUCCCUGUUCUCUGGCCUCCUUGUCCAUCAGGCUGCUGGAAAUGGAAAUGGAGGAGUUACUGAGCAGAUCAGAAAAUGAGCUGGAUGGAGAGAAAGGCCCCUUUUGGCUGCUAAGAUUAUGGACGGAUCCCAAAUUCCUAAGGUUGGUAGAGUUGUGCACUGUAGGCCAUCAGAAUCCUUCAGGGAACUCUUGAUGGGCAAGGUAUGUGAGAGAUUCAGCCCCAGCUGCUCCUGUAUACAGUUCAACCCUAUCAUGGUUGGCCAUGUCAUAAAGCAGCAGCUGGGAGGCAGAGCUGCGUCCAUUCAGGGCACCUUGGGAAGUGCUGCAGGGAGGUGACAUAGGAGAGAAAUUUGUGCAUACAGUGAUGAAAGGCUGUUGUCUUGGUGUAUCCCUUGCCUCAUAGUCAAUAUAUUUUUUUUGUUGGAGAGUCACCAGUGACCCAAGCCCUCCACACCAGCCUCCUGUAUCUUAUCAGGUCCCUUCUCAGUACUGUAUUGGCUCAGUGCAUCAGGAUUGGGUGUGUGGGUGUGUGUGGAUGUGAGUGUGGGUGUGUACGUACCAAUAAACAACCUGGUUUUAAGACAAUGUA